AUGUUAAUAUUAAACCUGAAGCGUGAAUAUCGAUAUGAUGAAUAUUAUUCACUGAUGCAUCUCAGUAUUUAUAAACGAAGUGUUGAAUACGAACAACAAACACAGAUUUUAUCAUCGUUGUCAAAUAAAAAAUUACGUGAUUAUUAUUGGUCAUGUUAUUAUAAUACAAUACAAAAGCCAUCAGAAACAAAAUUUCAAAUAGCGGAAUCAAAACGUGUUGCCAAUGUUACAAAAUGUUUAAAACAAUUAUCACGCGAAGAAAUAAAACAUGAAUCACAAUUAGAACUAUUAGAUUUGGAAAAACCUAUUCAGAUGCGUUCAUCUGCAAGAUUAUUAUCAUCAUCAAGUGUACCAAAUAGUCCAAAACGUCGAUUUUCAACAAUUAUACCAUCGUAUUCAACACGACGACAAAAAAGUUUUGAUGUAAAAUUUUUAAUGAAUGAAAAAUUAUCUUAUAAUAGUCUUAAUGAAAUAUUAAAAUUUGGACCGACACCCGACAUACUCGUUGAAACAAAUCAGUCAACAAAUAUAAACAAAAUACCACUCAUCACAAUAACAUCAGUUGAUGAUAUUUAA